AGCGAGCCUGGGAACAAGUUUUGCAAAAUUCAAAAUGGCUGCCACCACUUCGUUAGUUUCCUAUGAUAGUGAUUCUUCAAACGAAGAAAUAGGUAGUAAAGAUUUACCUGAUGACAAUGAAAAUACAGUAGAUAAUACUGUGGUUAUUACUGCUUUGAAAUCAAAGAUUCUUUUGAAUAGUGCGCCAGCAGUCACAGCUAAGGUAGAGAUGAAAACACAAAAUAAAUACUUUAUGUCUUUUAUAUUUAUAAAAUCAUAAGGCUUCCCAGUAGACAGGCCAAUUUACCAUAUUAAAAUGUAAAAUUUGCAUGCUUAUAUAUUAUUUCAAAAAUAUAUAGGAAGAUAUUGGGACUGUUAUUCAUCUUGAUCCCACGGAAAAAGAAGUGACAUUCAAUCCAAAGUAUGAACAGCUUUUUGCUCCUGCGGUAUGUUUUAUAGUUUUUAUAGUUGUGAAGCCUACAAACAACUAGUAUCCUGCGGUUUCAGCUGAAGCUGCAAAAUAUAGGCUAUGUUAGGGGCUGUUUACAUGAGCCCUACAGGGAGGGCUGGCCCUACUAGGCGAGAUCCCACAUGCUAUUUGAAAUCCUUAUUAAAAAUUGUUUACGUUUACAUGAGAAGAGGGCCAGCCCUCCUAGGCGAGAUCUCACUAUUAUUCACCCGAGAUCUCGCCUAGUAGGACUGGAAUUUUCUCAUAUAAACGCAGUAGAGAGGGCUGGCCCUGCUAGUAGGGCUGAGUGAAAAAGCGUUGAAUCGAUUUUAGACUAAACUCUUUUAAGGAUGUAGUUCUAAAUAGUGAUGGGCGAUACCAGGAUUUUUAAUUCGAUACCGAUACCGAUACUUUUAAGAUCGGUAUCGGUCGAUACCGAUACCUAUUUCGAUACCAAAAUGAACACAAAAUUUCAAUUUUCGAUACCGGAAGUGAGUACUUAAAUUGCUAGUAUCGGCCACUUUCGAUACCUGCCGUUUAACGGAAAACCAUUUUACAUUACUGUAUGUAACCUAAAUAAAGCUAAUAAAAAGCUAAUAAGUAAACCAAAAGCUCGAAACGUAAUAAAUAUUUUUUAAACAUGACUUGGCGCACCACAUUUGGAAUAUUAAGAGUUAUUUUAGUGGUUCAUUAAGUCUUAUUCAACCAAGAAGUGAAAUUAAACAAUUAAAAAAGGGUGCAAGUAUCGAACGAUACCACGUCAGUAAUCGAUACCGAUACCGCUGUUUGUGGUAUCGCUGGUAUCGGAUACCGAGUACUUGGUAUCGCCCAUCACUAGUUCUAAAUGGAUAUUCAAAUGUCUGUUGGCUUUUAUUCCAAAAUUUAUUCGGCAAACUAUGAUUUUCGAUGCUGAAAUAAAAAUAAUGAGUCGCACAGAAGCCAUUUAAGUGCUACUUGCGAAAGCAAGAUAUCCCUACCAGUAGGGCUGAUUUUUCUCAUGUAAACAAGUGGUGAAAAUUAGCCCUACUGCUAGGGCCAGCCCUCCCGGUAGGGCUCAUGUAUAAAACAGUCCCUUAGUUGGAAAUUUUUUUGCUUAACAUUUACAGUGAAGCCGGUUAGCACUAGUUUCCAUCUGUGAAAUUGACGUGACGUCAUUUUCAGAAGAUGGAAGGGGUGUUAAAUGGCUAUGUAACUAACCCAAACCCUACCCCUACUCUAACCCCUAACUCUAACCCUAACCAAAUUAAUGAAAAAAUCCAGAAAGAAACAACUUUAGAAAUUGAUCAAAUUAUGUAAUGUCAGUUUGGUAGAUGGAAACUAGUGAAAACCUUACAGUGAGCUCUAUAUAUUUAUCUGGAGCAAGAACUUUGACUGUUUGACAGCCAUUUGUCAGUCAGUGGAACUGAAUCCCAUAGCUUUAUUUUUACUCAACUUCUCACUCCAGAUAUAUAUAGAGCUUACUGGGUGGGCAUUUAAUAACAAUGGGUAUGAGUGCCAUCAGUUAUGUACCGAUCAAUUCGAAACUUCAUCAUCCCCCCCCCCGGCAUACCCCGGGAAUUUGACUUCAAGUCUUCUCCAGGGAGUAGGGAAUUUGAUGUUCUAGGUCUUCAAUGUGGUGGGGGUGGGGAAUUUGAACCAUUUGUCUAGGUCUUCCAUGUGGUGGGGGUGGGGAAUUUGAACCAUGAGUCUUCCAUUUGAUAACAAGGUGGGGAAUUUGAACCGGAAGUCUUAAAAUUUUGCCCGUUUUCGUGUGCUUCCUGCAUGCACAGAAAAUACUUCGCACAGUUUUCUCAGAUUUCGAGGGAAACAGCCUCAAUUUUAUGAAAAAAACUGGCUCAAAGAAACAGGCAUGGAAAGUCUAUGUGCUUCAUUUGAAGGUAUGUACUACAUAAUUGUGUAAAACUAUUAAAUUCCACAAGGUAUCCAAACUUUUUAUGUGAAUUUCACUAUCUUGUCGAAAAACAUUUCCGUAUAUUUUGUACUUUUUGUAUUUACUGUUUCAUAAUUUUCAUAUGAAGGUGGGGCAUUUGAAUGCUUAAUUUCUUGUUACAGUGGGGCAUUUGAAGACAUUUUUUGCAAAGGGGGUGGAGAAUUUGAUCAAUCAAAUUUCAAAAAGUUCAAAUUCCUGGGGGGGGGGGAUGGUGAAGUUUCGAAUUGAUCGAUACAUUACCAGAACACAAAAGCAUUAAUUACGAAGCAUGGGCAAUAACAGUGGGCAAUGAAUGCCACUUUUAGGGUAACAUGGUAUUAUAAAACAAGCAAUGAAAAAAUGGAGUCAGUAGGUAAGCCAAUAAGCCAACCUAACCACCAAAAAAUAGGGUUGGCAGAAAAAAAGUGCGUUGAUUAGGAAACUGGAACCACAGAAUAAGUUUUAUGAAUGAAUUAAUACCACAAUAAGUAAUUAUGGUUUAUUUAUUCUGACUAUUAAAAUUUAUAGGUUGGACCCCAAAAUCCUUUUAAAACUAAACAACAAAAAGCACAGAAAAACACACUUUCAGGUACAUAAUUUGCAUCAUCUUGUAUCUCAGAUAAUCAAACAAACAGUUUUUAUUUCAUUCAAGUUUUUUUUUGUCUUGUACAGGUUUUGUUGCACCAGCUCAUAUGAGCAAGUUUCAGUUUGACAAUCAGAUGAAAACAUUUUCCAGUUAUGGUGAGCUUUUUAAAAAUGUACAUUUAUGUCUAUUUUUCACAUAAAAAUUAGUUUACUGAUGAUGUCUCGUUGUUUGUUUUUGCAGGGUAUGCCUUAGAUCCAAGUGACGAUACUGCACACAUUGAGGAAAAGUAAGCCCAUUUAUAAUGGUGUCAGGAUAACCAGUAUGUGGGGAAGUGACCACCCCCCCUAGAAAACAUGUACCUCACACACCCCUGAGCACUUUAUGAGCCUGACUAUGUCUUUAGAAUCAACACCUUGAUGGGUUUAAGUUGUAAUUGUGCAGCUGUUUAUCAAUGUUAUGAAUAUUUGUAUAGGUUUGUAGGUGAUUUAGAAAAGGCGAAGGAAAGUAAAGGUUUAACUGUAUUUGAAGCAUCAAAACCUCGAGCUGGAGACAAGAGAAAGAGAGAGGAUAGAGGGGAUCCUGGGGUGAUUGAAGGAUACAAAGGUAUAUUCGUGUACAUUGGGGUGAUGGUGAAGUUAUGUUGAUAUAUAUUAGAGUGAUUAUUUGGGAUAGGGUUGAUACAACAAGUGAAAAGAUGCAUGACUUGAUAAAUCAAUUAUUACUAGGACCUUGGAGUAAGUUUGCUGAUGAAGAAGCCAUUGCCAAGCCAUCUGAGGUAUGCUUUAAUUUUGCCACACAGUUUUAUCAGUUAGUAUUAGGCUAGGUUGGUGCUGAGAAUUGCAAGAGUUUAAGGAUAAAACAUACGAGUUCGUUUUUCUUGCAGGAAGAGUCAAGUAAACUUGAGGAGUAUGAAUUAACAAAGAAAAAUAAAACGAAGAAGGAAGAUGAUAAACCAGUUGAAGAAAAAUCAACUUUACAUGGUGAGUUGCCAGUCCUGGAAAUGAUUCAAGAAUCAUUGACUUUAAACAAGAGAUGAUCCUUACUGGACCUCCAUGAAGAACAGUUCAGAAAUGAUAAAUCUAUUCAGUAUAAGUAAAGUUAUAGUUUCGUUUAGAUUUCCUCCUGUAGUAACAAUGGAUGAAUAAGGAAUGAUCCUGACUGGACCUCUAGGAAGAACAGUUUAGAAAUGAUAAACAUAUCCAGUAUAAUUGAUAAAGUUAGUUUAGUUUAGAUUUCCUCCUGUAGUAACCCUGGGUGAACAAGGGAUGAUCCUUACUUACUUACUUACUGGACUUCUAGGAAGCGCAGUUUAGAAAUAAUAAACCUAUCUAGUAUAAAUAAAGUUAGUUUAGUUUAGAUUUCCUCCUGUAUAGUAACACUGGAUGAAUAAGAAAUGAUCCUGACUGGACCUGUAGGGAGAACAGUUUAGAACUGACAGAACUAGCCAGUAUAAAUAAGCUGUUAAUUUACUAGCUGAGUAACAUCACAAUAACAAUGUAAUGUUGGUUACGGUAUUUCAGUCAAAGAUGCAUACGACUACCAAGGACGUUCUUACUUACACAUUCCACAAGAUAUUGGUAUCAACCUCAAGACAGAUGAGCCACCCGAGAGAUGUUUUUUGCCAAAACGACAUAUUCAUACAUGGCAAGUUACCAUCAUUUUCUCUACAAAGAAAGGACAAUAACUAUAAACGCACGACGCAACUCUCUGUUUUCCAAUACGUUGGCUUGUUUAAGCGUGACAGUUUUUAGUCCUAUUAGCGCUCUCAAGCAUGUAAUGAAUGAUGUUGAACCAUAGACAAUCCAAAAGAAGUCUGUUUGUCUUCUGGAUUGUCUAUGGUUGAACUAAAAUCAACUUUAUUGUCGUGUCUGCUCGACUAAUUAAAGAUCAUUUACAUUACGAGGUAUUUACGAUCUCUUCGUCCAUGUGAAGCGAGCGACGUGCUCGUAUUAAGUCAUGUAAGGUCUGGUUUACAGUAUCAAAGUUUCUGUGAUCACAGUAGGAAUUUUGCAUCGGUAAAUUCUACGUUUUGAAGGAUUUGUAAGAAAUGUUUGAGAAAACUGACUUAGUGUUUAACACUUAGUGAGUUCUCUCAAACAUUUCUUACAAAUCCUGCAGGCCUUAAAAUAUCUUUUACAGGGCCGUCUGACAAAAUGUCCGGUGACGUUGAGUUUGGGUCGGACAUAUUGUCCGAUGACCUUCAGUUCAGUUUUGACUCGGAAAUAAGUCUGAAUGACACAAAUGAAUAACGGUAAAUGUUGUAAAGAUAUUAAAUAAUUUGUUUCUUUCAUACUUAUUUCCAAGCCAAAAUUAACUUGCUUCCCAGAACAGCAGUAUUAAAAGACUUCGACAACUUAAGACCGUUAACUUUCCACUUCACCAGUUCGGUCGCCGCCCCGCGCUCGACUACGUUAAAACAACAUUUCCAGUUCACCUUUUAUACAAUAGUAUUCUGAUUUUCCAUUUAACAUACAAGCCUCUAGUCCUGGGCUAGGUUACAUUUUGAUUUACGUCGGACAAAGCUACAGUUCGGUCGGUCACCAAUUUACUUGGGUCGGACAAACAAUAAACCUCAGUUUCACUUAGGUCGGACAGAAUGUCCAGUAGUUUCCUCUCUACGUCGGACAAUUUCACGAAUGGGUCGGACAAUGUCCGUGACCGACCAAUAUUUUAAGGCCUGAAAUCCUUCAAAAUUCUUACCGAUGCAAAAUUCCUGCUGUGAUCUCAGAAACUUUGAUAGUGUAAACCAGUUUUUAAGGCAGCUGUUCAACAUGGUUCAUGUACAGUUUAACCUUGAUGUUUUGUUCAUUAGGUCUGGUCAUACAAAAGGGGUGUCUGCAAUCAGAUUUUUCCCAAGAUCGGCACAUUUACUUUUAUCCUGCAGUAUGGACUGUAAAAUUAAGGUACAGUAAGAUUUACUUAGGUCAGAACGCGUAUGCACCGCGUACUGUAGCAUGUGAUUGUGAAAUGCGUUUCGGAUGCAUUCAUAAUACAUGCACGUAGUAUUGAAUUGAAAACAAUUUCUUUUUCUCGUAGUUGUGGGAGGUUUAUGGUGACAGAAGACUUCUUCGAACAUUCAACGGUAACAUUUACCUUUUUCCUUAAUUGCGUCAGUGGGGCGUAAAAAAAACCCUGUGGUUCCGGUUCCCGACCGACCCUAUUUUUUUCUGCUGACCCUAUUUUUUUCUGCCGAUCCUAUUUUUUUCUGCCGACCCUAUUUUUUUCUGCCGAUCCUAUUUUUUUCUGCCGACCCUAUUUUUUUCCCUAUUUUUUUCUGCCGACCCUAUUUUUUUCUGCCGACCCUAUUUUUUUCUGCCGACCCUAUUUUUUUCUGCCGACCCUAUUUUUUUCUGCCGAUCCUAUUUUUUUCUGCCGACCCUAUUUUUUUCUGCCGACCCUAUUAUUUUUUCAACGCGAUUGACCGCGCGACCCUAUUUUCUCCAGGUGGUUGCGGGCUGCUCAUACAGCGUGCCAAAAUGGCGUCUGUUGUCACACUAAUUAUUGAACCAAAUUGCCUAAAUUCGUCCAUAGGAAAUAGUGAUGGGCGAUUACCGAUUACUUGGUAUCGAUACCACCCGAUACCAGGCCCAAACAGGAAGUAGUCGAUACUGCACGGUAUCGAAAAAGUGUUUCGAUUACUUUUAUAAUUAGACAUUCAUUAUAAUCCUGUAGUUGUGUCAUCAUUUUCAUGGUUAUUUCUAAUAAAAUUUAUGUACUUUUUUGUAUUUUGCUGCAUUUAUCAAUUUAAUCAAACUUCCUUUAUACUUUAUUUGACAUUCUAUCCUCGCCGAUAGAAUAAAUUAUGAAAAAGGCGGGAAAUAAAGUAAUUUUUGUUUUUUUAUGGAUUAAAAUGGCGGAUCAAAUCGUUACUGUUAAAAAUAUGUAACUUUCUGAAAAUAUAUCGUUACUGUUACAGUAGAAGGCUACUUCUUUAACAGUCGGCUCUUUAUUAAGUGACUUACGUUUAUUACUAUGAAAAUUGGAGGAAGUAAUCGUUUGGGUAAUCGAUACCUCGAUACUUUAACCAAAAAGUAAUCGGUAUCGUAUCGAAACCGAUACUGGUGGUAUCGCCCAUCACUAAUAGGAAAUACGCAUCUCUAGUUAAUAUUUGAUGUCGGGACUCUACUGCAAAUCGCUCAGCAAAAAACCGCCACAGCCAUGAAAAAAAUAUUAAAAAAAAAUUAUUUCCUAAUUUUUUCACGAUAUGAAACCGGAACCAGGAAGUUUUUCACGAUAUGAAACCGGAACGCCUUGGCAGUUGCAAACAAAUGCUUUUUCUAUGCUAUACUAAACCUGGUCCCCAUUGGGGCAUAAUCUGCCUGACUUUACAUUACAUGUGAAAUGGUCUGGAUCUAUCUUGUCUUUUUUGCGCUGUAUGCAAAUAAGUCUCUAUUGGCCCAAAAAUCUCGAUAUUUACCAUAUAACUUCUACUGGCAUCACUCAAUCAUAUACAUGAACCUGUGGUUACUGCUCACUGCUCAACAAGUGGAGGGUGAGUAGUUGCAUAGUAAGGUACAACACUAUAACAACCAGCCAGCUAUUGAACCUCUACUCUUUGAGUGUGGGCGUGAGGGGAGCUUUUAGAAUACAGAAGUUCUUUACGGAAGGGUCUAUUAUAAUCUUCGUCUUAUUUCAGGGCACAGUAAAGCAGUUCGAGAUAUAUGUUUCAACAAUGAUGGUUCAACAUUUCUGAGUGCAGCCUAUGACAGAUAUUGCAAGCUCUGGGACUCUGAAACUGGUACAUUUUCUGAUGACACUUUUCUUAAAAGGCUGGUUUACACUAUCAAAGUUUCUGUAAUCACAGCAGGAAUUUUGCAUCGAUAAAUAAGGUUUUGAAGGAUUUGUAAGAAAUGUUUGAGGGACCUGACUUAGUGUGCUAACGCUGACUCAGUUUGCUCAAAUAUUUCGUACAAAUCCGCCUCCAAAACUUAGAAUUUACCAAUGCAAAAUUAUACUGUCAUCAGUUCUUUGUAUGUUUGCAUGGUGAUAAAAUAUAAUAGUUUUGUUUGUGGAAACACCACGUAAAUUUAUUACUGCAAAUUUAUUAAUUAUUAUUAUUAAUUAUUAUUUUUUAAUUUAUUACUGAAAGCUUUGCAGUAAUAAAUUUACGUGGUGUUUCCACAAACAAAACUAUUAUACUGUCAUCCUUUACAAUAUUCACUAUACGUAAUCCUUACGAUCUGUUUGUUUAGGCCAGUGUGUGGGGAGGUUUACGAACAGAAAGGUUCCAUAUUGUGUCAAAUUUAACCCAGACGAGGUAAGUAUUAAAAUAUGUUUCAGCACAUGGCGACCAACUUUCUAGAAGGGACAGGCAGUCAUCAGAGUAACUGAUAUGCAUUGACCAUGUGUUUGGUAACCAACACAUGUGAUGGGGGGGGGGGGUGCUAAGCAUCCUUACUUGCAGCUGAGAGCUAAGCCACAGAAUAAAGUGCGUAAGGGAUUAUUAAAAGUGCGUAAGGGAUUUUUUCAGUCCGCCAUGUUCUUAGCAAGUGCCCUAAAGAGAGGCAGUCACCCCCUGAAAACAUAUUGAAAAUGUAAUAUUCCAGGGGGGUGAAUGCCUCUCUUUAGGGCACUUGCUAAGAACAUGGCCGCCAGCUAUUUCGGUAAAAAGCGCCUUACGGUUUUGUAAUGGAAGUUACACUUCUGUAUGUCUUUAUUCUGUGGUUAAGCUGAGUGUGGAAAGACGCAGCUCAGCAUGAUCGAGACGAAGGCUUUCUAAGGACAGCCACCUUGUGACUCAUAUCUGAUCAAGGAGCACAGCUACUGUGGAAGGGUCCUGCCACUUUAUCAAUAUUCCCUGUGUGAGGAAACCGGAAUACCUGGAGAAAAAACACGACUUUCGGUAGGGUGUUCACUGACUCUUUUUACAUAACUGUCUUGAGUCCGCAGCGAGAAUCGAAACCACGAUCUACUUGAUCUGACGGUUGCAUAAUUUGCGUCAUAUAUUUGACCACCAUGUGUAACGGUACAUCAUUAAAGUUGUGCUUUUUCAUAUAGGACAAGCAACAUCUCUUUGUAUGUGGCACUUCGGAUAAGAAAAUAUUAACAGUAAGUGCAUGAGUUUAUAUUAAUCAUGUCGUAUUUUGUAGUAUAGUCAACUGAAAUUUCUCUUAAUUUUUGCCUCUAGUGGGACACUCGAGCAAACGAAAUUGUUCAAGAAUAUGACAGGUUAGACACGCAAACUACAACACAGUGACAAAAAAGAGAAAAUGUAUUUACUAACAAACGCUUGUUUAUUUCUAGACAUUUAGGUGCAGUGAAUCAGAUCGCGUUCGUUGAUCAAAACAAAAAAUUUGUCAGUACUUCAGAUGACAAAAGUGUUCGAAUUUGGGAAUGGUGAGAUAUUUAUUUAGCAAUCCUCCAGUUGACAUAAUUAUGACCACAAGCAACCAUUUUCUAGUAUAGUUGCAUGCUGAAAUAUUCAUUUGUCCAUUUUGUCGCAAUGCGCUCUAAUGCUCUGUAGUUUUGUUACUUUGCUCUCUCUGACGACAGAUGAUUUUACUCUACAAGUGAGAAGUGUUUGAUAAUUACCAAAAUUAAAUAUUUUAGGGAUAUUCCCGUUGACGCGAAAUAUAUAGCAGAACCAAGUAUGCAUUCAAUGCCUUCGAUUACAGUUCAUCCAAACGGUACGUUACUUUAAUGUUAAAGUAUAAAUUGUAUACGGCCUAAAAAAAAUACCCGUGGUUCCGGUUUCAUAUCGUGAAAAAAAUUAGGGUCGGUAGGUCGGAAAUAAUUUUUUUUAAAAAUAUUUUUUUCAUGGUUUUGGCGGGUUUUUGCUGGGAGAUUUGCAGUAGAGUCCCGACAUCAAUAUUAGCUAGAGAUGCGUAUUUCCUAUGGACGAAUUUAGGCAAUUUGGUUCAAUAAUUAGUGUGACAACAGACGCCAUUUUGGCCAUAGAGAUUAUAAAUAAGUGUUAUUUAUAAUCUCUAUGAUUUUGGCACGCUGUAUGAGCAGCCCGCAACCACCUGGAGAAAAUAGGGUCGCAUGGUCAAUCGCGUUUAAAAAAUAAUAGGGUCGGGAGAAAAAAAGGGUCGGUCGGGAACCGGAACCACAGGUAUUUUUUAGGGCUAGGGAUGCAAGUCUAGGGAUGUAUAAAAAGUCCGGUUGUAUAAAAACGUAGUUAGCGCUAACUGCAGUUAAAAAGUAGUUAAAAAGCCUUAAAAAAAUAGUUAAUUUUAAUCACGUAGUUAAGCCGGUUGUAUAAAAGUGUAGUUAGCCUAAACUGCAGUUAAAAAGUAGUUAAAGUUAACUAUACUUUAGGGUAUAGUUAACUGUCCAAAACGUAGUUAAAAAUGGCGUUUGUAUAGGAGUGAACAACAUUUUUCAGUAAAACAAUAAUGAAAAGCAACGCUUACCUGAGAUUUUCAAUCGCUAUCUUCCCUGUGACCGACGCUAUCGCUUUGGUGUUUUUACGAAAACAGAACAUAUUUUUGCACAGGACGAUUUCUCGAAGACGAAGUAUGGUCCAUUACACCAAGAAACACUGAUAUAUAAUUGCCAAACAGCUAUACUUUGGUAUAACGUAGACAUCUCAAGGAAAACUGCAUUCUUUUAUGAUUUUUGUGGCGGUUUUUCCUUGUUUUUCGUUUAUUUUUCACUGUUUUCUAGUGUUUUGAAUAAAAUUCCCGCCUAUUUGCAAAAUACGAGUCCACAAUCAUGUCGAAAAUGUGUGUCAGCGGUCGUUACUCGCAGCUUACUUUAUGUAAUUUUGUGUUUAAACGCCCCACGCAAGCCCCACGCACAGUUAACUACGUGAUUAGUUAACUAUCCGACUAACUACGUUUUGUGCAAUGCAGUUAAGUCAUGUAGUUAACUAAUUACAGUUAAGGAUUUAACUACAGUGAUUAGCGCUAACUACAGUUAGCGCUAAUUACGUUUUUAUACAACCGGCCCCUGGAAAAUACAAGGAGCCCUUCAUCGCGAAGUUCCUGUAGGAAUAUUAGAUGAAAUGAUAUUUUAAGACAUCUUUCAUUUCAUUUCCAUGUGGCAGAGAAAUGGCUGGCAUGUCAAUCGAUGGACAAUCAAAUUACCAUCUUUGGAGUUCAGAACCGUUUCCGUUUGAACCGAAAGAAAACAUUUAAAGGUCACAUGGUUGCUGGCUACGCAUGUCAAGUUAAUUUCUCACCAGAUGGAAGGUA